AUUUUAACCUAUGGUUUAUUUCCAUGCCACUCAAAUUUUAUUUAGCCCUGGCCUGCAAGCACCGUCGUCUUGAUGGAUGAUGAUGAUUUAAUAGUCAAGGGGCUUCCACAGCUCUCUGCCAUUUGUGUUACCAUUAGCAGAAGGUACAUGCUUGAAGAAGCUAUUAAGCGGAUCCAUGGUACAAUUCAUGCAUUCGAGCUCACUGAUGAUAAUGACGACACAGUAAUGGCAUCAGUGAAAAUUGAUCUCCAGCCCCACAGCCAAAGCAUGUUGCCAACCCAACAGCUGUUCUUUGGAGAAUCAACUUGGUUUGCCAACGAUGCUAUCGAAUCAACAUGUUCUGCUGCUUUGGCCUAUCUGGUAACCAUGGGCAUCAUCACAAUAGACAAUUCCAACUCGACAAGCCUCAAGAAAUGCCAAAGGGAGCUCAAAGCUGAGCAGUUCUGGUCAUCAGUGCUAUUUGUGCGGGCAGAAUCCUUUCAAAAACAGCUCGCCUCUUUGACCGCGACAAAGGAAGGGCCUCAUUCAGAAAGUGACGAUGAUAACACUCCAGCACCCAAAUGUGUAAACGAAUUAGAGGAUGGCCUGAACGACGCCACCAGCUCGCUUCCACCAACCGAAGAAGCAUCCGACAAGUAA